CUGAUGUCCGUGUGGUUUGUGAAGACGUUCUUGGGCAGGCAGGACCUGCACUGUCACCCGCCCUGUGAGCAAUGGUACACAGACAAGCGAAAAAACACAGAUUUCUUCACCAUGGCUUCGUUAUUGGAACGGUUGGUUUUCCUACAAAAAGUGCCAACACUUAUGCGAGCAACAUCAGAUGACGAAUCGCCCUGUCCCGGCUAUCUCUUUGAGGAAAUCGGCAAAAUUUCCCAUGAGUCAGUGGGUUGCUGCCAGUGUCUUCUUGAGUACCUCUUGGAGAGACUACAGGUGGAGUCCUGCCAUGUCAAACUUAAGGUCCUGAAGAUUCUCUUGCAUCUAUGUGGCCAUGGACCACCUCACUUCCUCACAGAGCUACGGCGGAAUGCUACAUUUAUACAAGAAGUUAUUGCCUACAGUGGUCCCCCAGACCCCAUCCAUGGAAAUGCUCUCUUUCAGAAAGUCAGAAGCUCAGCUCAGGAGCUGGCUAGCCUGCUCUUUAACGAUACCAUGUCUCCAGAUUCUGGACUGUCUCCAAACAAAACAGUGACACAAUCUGUGGGAAUGGGCUCAGAGUCACUCAGGUCUGGUAUGCAGGGGUUCGGAUACAGCCCAGGAAGGAAAGAGUCCAGUGGAGGGACUCUGUUGGACAAGAUUCAGAAAGCUGCCGAAGUGGUUGCCAGCGCUGUCCUUCCUCCAACGGAGCAUCCUGGCAUCCGUCUCCAUGACAACCACUACCACGCUGUGGUGGCGCCCUCUGCUACUGUGGAGAUGGCAGUGCCAGCAUGUGCCUACAACACCCAAUCCCACGGCCAUAGAGCGUCUCACAGGUGCCCAGGGCAGGCUGGUGGAGGCUGGGAGGAAACGGACAGUGGGCACAGCUCCUCCCACAACUCAUCCCAGGAGACUGCGGAAGCCAGCCAGACCUCAUUGGGAGGAAGCAGUAAGUCGGGCGGCUCGGGCAGCCACUCCGGGGCGAGUCGGGAAAGCGGUGACCUAUUGGAGCGUGUGGAGGCCAUUCAGUUGGGGGAUUGUGGUCAAGAGACGGCACUUAUCAACCGACUGACCAGUGGUUCCAAAGUCUUCCUGUCCAGAGAGGAGAGCCAGCAUUUUAUCAAAGAAUGCUCCACUCUCAACUGUGAGGUCGUUGUUGAACUUCUGUCUCGCAAACUCCAGGACCACACACAAAUCGUCCAAAUGAGGGCGUUGUGUGCUCUAGCCUGCCUGAUGUCUUCAGAUUUCCUCUCUCUAGACCAUAUUUAUAAUAUAAUACACAAACGCCUCGCACAACUUAGCAAAGAAACUGCAGGCCCUGUCGCCAACAAGGCAACAAAGCUCUUAAGGCAGUUUGAGGCCUUGCUUGGUUGUGUCACAAAUUCCAAAUGUGACCGUGUUGGACGUCCAACCUCCACCAGCUCUUUGCCUUCAGGUCAGGCCUCUGAAUCUACAACCACCUCUUUUGUUCCGGGACAACUAGGAGAAAACGCAACCUCUAUUAUCCCAUCAGAAGAAACCCCAUCUACACAAAACCUACAGGGUAACGCCACUGCAUCUACGUCUCAUAUGAAAAGACAACAAGAAGAAGGGGAACACAGGAACACGGAAACCGCUAAGAUCUCAGAACAACCCAGACUUUCACUCUUCAGUGGAAUGGAGCUUGUCAACAAGAGCAAACCUGUGUGUUUGGUCGAGCCUGUUCCUGUCGAGUCAGACGCCCAUAUAAGUGUAGAAGCCACUACAGGCACAGACUGUGCAAUUGAGAAAAGCUGUGAGAGAACUGCAAGCUCACACACAUCUAGUGAGCAAGUGUCUGCCUUUUCCUUCCUCAAUCUCUGAUGCCCACAUUCAUUUACGGUUGUGUAAAUAACUCAAUUCUAUUAUAUAGUAAUUGCUGCAAGUGACCACGUUUACAUGCACAUGAAAAUUUUAGUCUGCAGUAACCUGAUUUCCAUGACCUUAUUAAAGCAAUAUUCUGACUUAUGCUUAUAUUAAUCAUAAUUUUGAGACAAGUAAACACUGCAUUAGUAAGGUCAGCUGUUUGUUUAUAUCUGUGCAUGUCUAAAUGUAUGUAGUUAGGCAUGAACAAUGUUUGAACAAAGUAAGAAGUAUUUAGACAAACGUUAAAAUAUCUCCGAGUUGUCAGCAUUACUAUUCAGAAUGACUAAAAUCCCCAGUAUUUCCACCAGAGAAUAGCAGAAAAAAAUGCAUAUGCUAACUACAUGUAUACAGGAAUAUUCCAGUUGCUGUGAAUGUUUUUUUUUAAUCCUAGCCAGAAAUCACUUUGCGUGUAAAUGUGGUCACAGUCUUAACCAGUACUUGGGUAACGUCUGCAACCUGCAAUUGCAAAUGCAACAUACUCUUUACUCACUCUCUAAAUGCUGCUAGUGGUUCAACAAGAAUUCAAAUUGCGAAUAAGUCAAGUCUUGAUUACCAGUAAUGGUACAUCUCUUCAGAUCAUUCUGAACUCAUUAGGAUCCAUUUGAGAAAACUCAGGAUGCUUUUUUUGUUGUGGUGUUAAACACGAGUGUUAAUGCAAUGGUUGCUACUAUUUGCACUACCGUCUUUCCUCUUACUGAAAGCACUUAUGUCUUCCUGUGUGUAUUUUAAAAUAAGAACAAAUAUUAACACCCAUGUUGAGUUUAAUCAGAAUACAUCCUGCCAAAACAAUGUCUACCUUAUGUGCAAAUAUAUAAUGAACUGUCUUGUGUAAAAGUGUUUAAGUAUUUAAACUACACUACCAGUCAAAAGAUUUUGAACAGAAAGAUUUUUAAUGUUUUUUGAAGAAGUCUCUUCUGCUCACUAAGCCUGCAUUUAUUUGAUCCAAAGUACAGAAAAAACAGUAAAAUUUUGAAAUAUUUUUACUAUUUAAAAUAACCGCUUUCUAUUUAAAUCUAUUUUAAAAUGUAAUUUAUUUCUGUGAUCAAAGCUAAAUUUUAGCAUCAUUACUCCAAAAUCAAUAUAAUAUGCUGAUUUGCUGUUAGAGAAACAUUUUUUAUUGUAUCCUUUGGCGUUCUUAUUAUUAUUCUUCCAUUUCUUCUUCGGCUUUUGAGUCUAUGGCAGCCCAUAGAACAACUUGCGGGAAAGUUAUGAAAUUUGGCACAAUGAUGGAGGAUAGUUUAAUCAUUAACCACAGAAAAUUUGGUGUCUCUAACUCAAACGCUGUAGCGCCACCACUUGUCCAAAGUUUCACUCAUGUUUAUGCUAAUAACUUUUGAACCUAGAAAGAAAAUUCUUUAUUCUUCUGAUUCCUUGGCUCAUGGCAAGUUGAAUGAAAAUUAAAAUGUAAAAAUCGUAAAGUUUAGUUUUUGCGCUAUUUUUGAUAAUUCGAAAAACCUACAUUUUCGAAUUCGUCCUAGAUGCUUUGUCUGAUUUUCACCAGAAUUGGCUCAUAUCAUCUUCAGACCAUGCUGGCAAAAAGUUAUGGAAUUCAAGUUGAUUACCAUUUUCGAUCUGUUCUUAAAUAACGCCUGAACGAAUUUGACGAAAUACGCACAAAAAUGGAUGUGAAGCUGUAUCUCCACAACGGUUUGAUGUAUUAAGACCAAACUUGAUGUGUGUUAUAACAACCAUGACCUGAGGCUACCUGCACAGUUUUGGUGUAGCACCAUCUAGUGGUCAGGAGGUAUGAAAAAUAGCUGUUUUUGCUUAUAACAUCUGAAUGGUUUGGCCAAAAAUCUCUUUAGAUUCGGAGGAGCAUGCUGAGUCGAACCAUACCCAGUUUUCCCAUGUUGGCCAUUUUGAAUUUUAUAAUAAAAUAAUAUAUUUUCCGAACGCGUUGGCGUAUCGUGAAAUUCGGUAUGUCUUCGGCACCAUGCCCUGACAGUACUCAAAACGUUUGGGGGCAGUUCCACCUUGUGGCCAAAAGUUAUGAAGAAAUUUACGAAAAUGCUAAUAACAUUUGAUUACAUUGGCCUAUUGUAAUGAAACUGUUUUUUGGGAAAGUAAUUCUAGAAAUUAAUACUUUUAUUUAACAAGGAUGCUUUAAAUUGAUCAAAAGUGAUGAUAAAGAGAUUUAUAAUGUUACAAAAGAUUUCGGCAGUGCGCCGUCGUACAGCGCUGUUGCGCUCCAGUGUCCUGUGUUCAAAUCCCAAAUCGAGGGAGGAUCCCAUCCUCCCUCUCUUUUCCACCUCACUUCCUGUCAAUUCUGAUCUUUCCUAUCACAAUAAAGGCGAAAAAAAAAUAGAUCUAAAAAAAGAUUUAAAUUUUAGAAAAAUGCUGCUCUUCUGAACUUUCUGUUCAUCAAAGGAACUGAAAAAAUUAUACUCAGCUGUUCUCAAUUUAAUAAUAGUAAAUGUUUUUUGAGCAGCAAAUCAGAAUAUUAGAAUGAUUUCUGAAGGAUCAUGUGACUGGAGUAAUUAUGUAAAAAUAUUUUAAAAUUUUACCGUUUUGCUGUACUUUGGAUCUACUCAGGGUUGGUGAGUAGAAGAGCAUUCUUUAAAAAACUGAAAAUCUUCGUGUUCAAAAACUUUUGACUGGUAGUGUAUUAUUAAAGGCAGGUUUGAAUAAGAAAAUGCCCUCAUGUCCAUUCAGACCUUGAAACAGAAAUAAAAAAAAUGUAUACAUAUGUUUUU